AUGUUCAAAUUUGUAUUUAGAAUCUACUUAAUUUUAAUAAGCUGUUUAUGUAAGAACACAUUAUACUAUUUUAGUAAGUUUGAGUUGUGAUCAAGGAUAAGUAGAAAAUUAAGGCUCAUGUGUGGAUUGUCCAGUUAAUUGCUUAAGUUGUUCAGUUCUUUUGUCAUGUGACACGUGUAUGCUAGGAUUUUAUGUUACUCCUUUAGUUUAUCAAUGCAGUGCAUGUUCUAUUAAUUGCCAAGUUUGUAGUGGAAGCAGUGGAUUUCUUUGCUCAACUUGCUUUCCAAAGUUUUAUAAAUCUGGAUCAAGUUGCUAGGCUUGCCCAACAUACUGUGCUACUUGCACAUCUAACUCUGUAUGCUAAACUUGCGUAGAUCACUAUUUUAUUAUUGGAACUAUUUGCUCAGUUUGUGAUACUACUUGUAAGACGUGUUUAGGUACUAGUAGUACUUGUACAUCAUGUGAUGUAGGUAAAUACCUUUCAAAUUCAUAAUGUCUUCCUUGCAUAUCUCCAUGUUCUGCUUGUAUCAACAAUUCAAAUGAUUGUACGUCAUGCAUUAACAUUAAUUAAAUAGCAGUUAAUUUUUAAUGUGUUUGCAAUGAUGGAUAUUAUUUUGAUGGAUCAAAUUAAUGUUAGCUUUGCGAAGCACCAUGUUCGAAGUGUGAAGAUAAUAGCAAUAAUUGUACUGAUUGCAUCUCUACUUUUUCAUUAAGUUAGUAUAUACAAUACAAAUGUGAAUGCUCAGAUGGCUAUUUUUAGUUUGAUUCUCAAACAUGUUAACGAUGUAUAAGUCCCUGUUAAACUUGCGAAUAGAAUCAGAAUCAAUGUUUAUCUUGUGUUGAUAGUAAUUAAAUAGUAACUAAAUAAAAUUUGUGUGUAUGUAAAACAGGUUGGAUUUUAAAUACUGAUGGUAUCUCAUGCAUCAAAUGUUAAUUACCAUGUUUAGAUUGUGUAGAUACAAUAGAUAAAUGUAUCAACUGUUUAGAUCAAUUACAUUAAUAACCUGAGUCUUGUCAAUGUGAUUCUGGAUGGAUAUUAGAUGAUAAUUACUUUUGCAUACCUUGUUAAUAGCCAUGUAAAACCUGUGAGGUAUCUAAUACUACUAAAUGCUUGACAUGUUUAGAUGAUAAUCAUGAACUUAAUAACAUAUAAUAAUGUGUUUGCAAAUCAACUUAUUAUUCUAAUAGUCUAAUCACAUGUGCAAAAUGUUAAGAACCUUGUUUUGAAUGCGAUGCUGAUGGUUGUAUCAGUUGCUUAGUUUUAGAUCAAAUUAUUAAUCUAAAUCAUUAGUGUGUAUGCAAACCUGGUUUUGUUUUAAUAGGAGUUCACUGUGUAGUAUCGAAAUGUGGUGAUGAAAUAAUAUCAGAAGAGGAAGAAUGUGAUGAUGGAAAUCUCAAUCCUUUUGAUGGAUGUUACGAAUGCAAAUUUUAGUGUUAAGAAUAAUGUGUUAAUUGUAAUCAAGGCAUAUGUUAUGGUUGUAUUACUACAGGAUGGGUACUCAAUGAAAAUAAUGUUUGUACAACCUAAUGUGGAGAUGGUAUCGUUGUUGAUGAUUAUGAAUAAUGUGAUGAUGGAAAUGAAAUCCCUAAUGAUGGUUGUUAUUAGUGUUAAAUUCAAUGCCCAUAAGGAUGUAUUGAAUGCAUAUCAAAUAAAUGUAUAAAAUGCAAUUAUUUGUAUUUUUUGGAUAUUUAAACAUCAGAAUGUAUAGAACUUGAUUAAGAUAUUGAUUUGUUAACUAUAAAGUUUGAGGAAUAUAUAAAUUUAAGAUGCGGGCAAAAUUAAUUAAUAAUUGAUAAUGCAUGUGUUAGUUAAUGCGGAAAUGGAAAACUUAUCAAUCAAUAUGAAGAAUGCGAUGAUGGUAAUUAUUAUGGAGGAGAUGGAUGCUCAUCUUUUUGCCAGAUAGAGAAUUCAUUUUAAUGUUUAAAUUAAGAGAACUAAAUAAGCUUAUGUACUUUUAUUAAAUCUCCUGAAUUUAAUUUGAAUAUUCUUUCUAAUAGUGGGAAUUAUCUUUAAAUUCUUGAGUUAACUUUUACAUAAUAAGUCAAAUUAGAAGAAGCUGUUAAUUUUGAAGAUAUUAUUGCAUUCACAAUAACACCCUAAACUAAAUAUAAAUAAACCAUCACUAGUAUUUCAGACAUAACUAUUUAACUAAACUAUCCAUAAUAUUAAAUUGCAAUUGAAUUUAUUGAGCCAAUUGAAAAUCCAGUGUUAUAAAUUUCUAUAUAGAAAAAUACUAUUUAUAAUUAACAUAAAUUAGGCUUAUUAAACAAUGAAACUAAAAUUUAUUUUGUCACACCUUUUGUACUUCCAGAAUCCACUAAAUAAUAGUUAAAAAAUGUAGUUUAACUUAAUGAUGCUAUGAUAUAUUCAAUGGCUAGUGUAUCAAGUUUAGCUUUAAUAACAGGAAAUACUAUUAUUUUUUUUAAUUUGUUAGAUUUAUUAUAGUCAUUGUCUUAUUUAAGGUUUAUGCAAUCAUAGUUUCCCCCUCAUUUAAGAGAUUUUUUGAAUACGUAUACUAAAAUCUCAUUGCAACCAAUUUUUGAUUAUUUUUAGAUAGAUUAAUUAUUAAAUGGAUUUAUUGGAGUAAAUACAUCAAAUCAAGAAAACAAUAAAUUACAACAAGACUAAAAAAAAAUUUUAGAGUAACCUUAUUUGUUGAAUGCUAAAAGUUGUUAUUUUUCUGUAUUUGGAUCCAUACUAACAUACACAAUUUAUUGUUUAUUAUCAUCUGAAAGCUUAAAAAAUAAAAUUUUCAAAUGCUUCUUAAAAUAUAAGAAUAAUUAUAAAAUUGUUUAAAUUAUAAAUAAAUUUUAAACAAAAGUUCAGAUAAAAAGUUUAAAAUAAAAAAUCGAAUAUUUCUCUCUAGGAAUAUUUAAGGUUUACUUAGCAAUACUUCAUUAAUUUAUGUUCAGCGCAAUUUUAUAAUUUCCAAAUUACAAAUUUGACUCUGUUUUUGCAAUUUUCAACAGUAUUAAUGCUAUUUUUGGAUUACUUAUUAUUUUAAUAUCUACUUUAAACUUGCUUUCAAUUACUGCUGCUAAAAUAAAAAAUAAAAGAAAAUGGAAGUAUUUUUUCUAGGACACUGAAACCAAAUUUUGGGCCAUUUAAUUUAAGUCUUUUUAAUUUUACAGAAUCUUGUUUUAUAUAUUCAUUAUUGUAGAAUUUAUAAACUAUCCAGAAGCAUAAUCAAUCUUGCUUUCUAUCCAAUCAAUGUUGUUCUUAGUUUACUUGAUCAGGUUUAAGCCUUUGAAAUCUUUAUUUGAACUAUCUAAGUUAAUAUUAAGAGAGUUUUUAUUAAUGAUCAUUUCAGGGACAUUCUUAGUAUAUAGCUUUGAAUUUAGUUAGGAUAAUUUUAUCUCAAUUGGAUGGAUUCAUAUUGGUAUGUUUUGUACUAUUUUGGCUUUUAAUUUGCUUAUUGAUUUAUUUUCCUAAAUCAAGAAAACCUAUGAUAAUUAUUUGUAAAAGAAAUUAAAAGAGAAAAUUGAACAGGAAAAAAACUAUCAUUUUAACCAUUUAUAAGGAUUUUAAAUAAAUAAAAAUGAUUAUUAAUCAAAGCAAUGA